CCGGAUGAGAUCAGUCGGCUAAACCAAACUCCGUCCGCGAAAUGAGGGGCUAAAUCUAGGUGGGAUGGAGUUUGUUAAGAACUGGACGCAGUCAGUUCGACGGGAUAUAUGUCCAGAAAUUUCAAGAGGGACUAAUGAGAUCAACAUUUGUACAUCCUUGGGCAAGUUUGCUAGUUAGCCUUCGGUAGCUCGACAAGUUCAGUCAGUGUUGUAAAUAAAGAAACUGUCUGACGCUUAUAUCCCAAGUACAUAUUCACUUGUUUUCAGUUUUUCUGGACAUUGUUAAAUACGACCAGUACGGUAGGACAAUUAAAUCAACUAAUGUCAACGAACUGCACAGGAAGAGAUAAGAAGUGAUUAAACAUUGAUAGGCCUGUUGUUACAUAAAGUGUUAGUUAUAUUGUAAGGGGACUUAAAAAAAGCAGGUUUCGAAAACCAUACCUAUUUAAAUGGGGGGAAACUGGAUCAGGAGAGAAAAACAUCGUUGUGGUGGAUUUGUCAUGGCUGUGGUAGCUGUGAUCUUGUCUUACAUUCUGAUUGGAGUCACUGGUCAAGAUGGACAGACAAUGACUGCAGAAGAAAAGUCCAGAAUCAGGGACCAAAUCCUAGAGAUGUUUGAUCAUGCCUAUAACAGUUACAUGGACUAUGCUUACCCAGCAGAUGAGUUGAUGCCCCUCAGCUGUAGAGGAAGGGUGAGAGGGCUGGAACCCAAUCGAGGGGACAUCGAUGACUCUUUGGGAAAGUUCUCUUUAACAUUAAUAGACACUUUAGAUACUCUUGUGCUGUUAAACAAACUGGAUGAAUUUGAGGAGGCUGUGAAGAAGACCGUGCAAGACGUCAGAUUCGAUAAUGACAUAGUCGUCUCUGUCUUUGAGACCAAUAUCCGUGUGCUGGGUGGUUUGUUGGGUGCACAUGUCAUGGCAGAUGUUCUAAAGCAGCGUGGAGAGAGGAUGCAAUGGUACAGAGAUGAACUGCUGCACAUGGCUAAAGAGCUGGGCUACCGCCUCCUGCCUGCCUUUAACACCACCAGUGGCCUUCCUUAUCCUCGGGUAAAUUUGCGCUAUGGAGUCGUCAACCCCCUUUCUCGUACAGGAACGGAGUCAGACACUUGCACUGCUUGCGCAGGCACCAUGAUUCUGGAGUUUGCAGCUCUCAGCCAACUGUCCGGGGACCCAAUUUUUGAGGAACAUGCUAGGAAAGCUAUGGAUGUCCUCUGGGAGAAGAGGCAAAGAGGAAGUGACCUUGUCGGCACUGUGAUCAACAUCCACAACGGAGACUGGGUUCGCAGAGAUAGUGGUGUUGGUGCUGGAAUUGACUCGUAUUAUGAAUACUUGAUGAAAGCUUAUAUUCUUCUUGGGGACAAGGUGUACCUUGACAGAUUCAACACACACUACAGUGCCAUUAUGAAGUACAUCAGCCAGCCUCCUCUGCUGCUCAACGUCCACAUGCACAACCCCACCGUAAACGUGCGAAGCUGGAUGGAUUCCUUGCUCGCCUUCUUCCCUGGACUACAGGUGCUGAGAGGAGACUUGAAACCUGCUAUUGAGACGCAUGAGAUGCUGUACCAAGUGACUAAACGGCACAAUUUCCUCCCUGAGGCCUUUACCUCUGAGUUCAGAGUUCACUGGGGCCAGCACCCGUUGAGACCAGAGUUUGCUGAAAGCACAUAUUUCCUUUACAAAGCAACAGGUGAUCCUUACUACUUGAAAGUAGGCCAGUCUAUAGUGGAGAAGCUGAACACUCACGCCCGGGUCCCCUGUGGCUUCGCCGCCGUACAGGAUGUGAGGACAGGAACACAUGAGGACAGGAUGGAUUCCUUCUUCCUAGCUGAGAUGUUUAAGUACCUCUACCUGCUCUUCUCAGAGAAGAGCCAGUUGCCUAUAAACAUUGAUGAUUAUAUUUUCACUACUGAGGCUCAUUUGCUUCCAGUAUCUCUGUCUACGAUCCAACCCUCCUGUCAUACCAACAACACGGAACCUCAAGCUCAUGAAGACGAUUUAUUUUCCUACUCUUGCCCUAGUGCUCAAACCCUGUUCCCUAACAACCCCACCUUUGCCAAGACUAUCAGAGACGGUUAUAAAUACCUCACUGGUUUGGGAAGAACGCAGCAGCCCUCAUCUGUCAGGGGGAUUGAACUGCCUCUUCAUGACACAGGCCUGGAGCCAGUUGAGUUUCUGAAAAGCAUUGGCAUCUCUUUGACGCCCCUUACUGAGCUGGUCUCCGCCAGCCUAAGCUCAGCUUCUCCGGACUCUCAGAAGGGUGUGUACAAGUUAAAGCUAGUUGCUGAGGUGAGCCAAACACCGGAGCAUGAGGAAGUGGUGCCACUAAUUGUGCAGCUCAUUUCCCCUCCGUUUUUGGGUCGAACUGUCCUCACGGCUGGUCCAGCAAAGUUUGGAAUGGAUCUUACCAAACAAGAGCAUGGGGUGAAAGGCAGUAUUGUGAAGAGUGUUCCAUAUACAGCAUGUGGCCCGAUUGAAAACGCAGUAGAGAUGCAGGGACACAUAGCUCUGGCAUUGAGAGGAGACUGCAUGUUCGCUGUCAAAGCUCGGCGCCUGCAGGAAGCAGGAGCCACCGGAGUCAUCUUCGUUGAUCACAGAGAGGGCAGCAGCAGUGCUGAGACUCCAUUGUUCCAGAUGGUUGGAGACGGAGAACCUACAGAUGACAUCACAGUUCCCCUGGUGUUCCUCUUCAGUAAAGAGGGAGCUACACUUAGUGCCGCUCUGCAAGAACAUCACAAUGUGGAUGUCCUUCUGCUGCCCAAAGAGAAACAACUAGGAAAAGAAAAACCUGAGAAGUUAAAUAUUAAGUUCCGUAUAGCAAAGGACGAGUUUGCGGAGGGUGAGAUUGAAAGCACUACCAUCCAGCUGGUGCUGGAGCAAAGCGAGAAAGACACUGAGGCUGCAUCGUUGACGGGUGAAAACCAGGAGACCUGCAGCUCUCUGCAGAAAGAGCCUGAGAGCAGCCCCUGACUGCGGGAUCAGCGGUGACCACGGUCCCCUUCACAGAACACAGGGCUGUUGCUCCCUGUCACCAAUCUCAGAUCAGAAAAUGCGGAUUGUGCUAAUGAAUAUGUUUCUGCUAAGCCUGGACUGUUCCACCUGAGCUGUACUGUCAGUCUUCCCCUGGUUAAGAUGGUCUUAUCUUGCACAGUUGGAAUUAUAUUGAUCUGAACAGUGUGAGAGCUCCUGUCUCGCUGAUAUUAUGGUAGUUGCAAUACAUUCUUCUCAAUUGUCUACAAUUGAAAAGAAGUCGGUUUUGGGUAUUAAAGAGGUGUACAAGAAUCUCUCACACCACUUUAUGUGGAUUAGACUUUAUUUAAAUGUUUUUCUUUGUCUUUUUCUUUCGGAUCAACGGUUUUCAGUCCUGUGCAUUUUUUUUUUUUUUAAUUAUUCAUCCUUAAAGUGUAAGUGGCUUGAAGUCUACAUGACAUCUUUAACACAGGGCUCCUAUGACCAAACCCCCAAAAAACAGUGUUUAAAUGAGGGAGAAUGGACCAGUAAAACACAGUUUAACAUGUUUUCGAUACAUAAACAUCAGGGAAAUCAAUGAUCUAUGACUUGAACAUGUAUGCAUGUGUAUGUGGAACGCAUGGAUGGUGGCCUUUAUCAUUAUGUCAAAGACUCUGUGCAUUUCAUAAUGUGCCUAUACUAAAUCUGUGCAUUUGUGUAUGUGUGUGCAUAUUUGCAGCCAAUGCAUUCAUCCUGCUUUCAAGCAGUGACUGACCAAGGGAUGAUUUUGAGAGAGUUGCCCUUUCCUUUACCAAAAACAUGCAACUGUAAUGAAAGCCCGGGAUGCAGGCAGAUCAUAUAGUGAUAUUUACAUGUUUUUGUGCAAUAAAUAAAUCAUUUGUGCUGUCAGGGGGAUGAUCACUAUUAGUUAUACAUACAUGUAAAUUAAUUUAGCAAUUUUUGACAGCCUCCAUUGUCCCACGUACAACUUCAGCAUCACACUAGAGGUGCUGCUUACACUAGAUUUGUCACUUUCGACAUAUCAUCUGAGAAUAUUUCAGAUGCCUCAAUGUUAUUAGUCUAGCUUCUAGUGUCACACAGCCAUAAUGUAGCUCAGAGAUGAAUACAAUCUGUCACUUUAUAGCAUGCUGUUGAAUGAUUAUAUCAGCCCCAAACCUUUCCAUUUCAAGUCUUAAUUACGAUGUACACCUUGUAUUGUGUCGCUGAUGGCUGUUUUCAAACGGAUGUCAACCUGUGUACCUCUUGUUUCACAAAGGGCUUAUGACUGAUUUACUUCAAUAUGUGGGCAUAAUACAGAUGGGAUUAUAUUUAUUUCUUAAGAUAUUUUCUAUACAUUAAUUUGAGAUGAAUCUGAAGAAUUUCUUGAGGGCCAAAGUGAUGUGAUAUUCUGUUUCUGUAACAGAACAAGAUUUUCAUAGCAUCUUUUUGAUAGCUGUUUUGUAUUGACUGACUUGCCAUUAAAAUCAAGUUUAUGACCCUAAA